GACCUGUGUCUUUAAGGGAACCCGGAAGUAGUUGUUAACCCGGAAGUUUGAGAGCAUCGUCAAUGUGACUUCUGUGUAAAGCUAACCAGUUUGUGUUUUAACGCCACCUUUGAGAAGCAGACAGGCAAUAGAAUGUUUCUUACAACAGUAAAUUUGGCCAAGGCGAAGUCCAAGACGAUCCUGGUGCAGAUGGUGAGCGCCGCGGGAACAGGCUACUUCUUCAACACCAAGAGGAACCGGCUGAGAGAGAAACUCGUGCUGCGCAAACACGACCCAUUUGUGAACAAGCACGUCCUGUUUUUCGAAAAGCGGAAGAUCAGAUCGAUUUAGCGAUGCCAGCAAAAACAUGGACAAAAACUCUGCGACGUUUAAACCCAGUGAUUUAACUGUCAUGGAUUUUAAACGGUGCCAUCGUCAGACUCGUCAGCCAUCACUUCUGAACAGCUGACAUGUCUUCAGAAGAUUUCUCCCUGGAUCUGCCAGCAGGCCUCUGGCCUCUUUGCUGCAAAAAACUCAGGAUGACGCAAACAACUGGUGGAACAGAAACACCACUAUCAACAGGAAGCUAUCUCUCGUGUAAAGGUUAUGUUAUUUAUUGCAACUUCCACCACGGCUGUUUUGAUCCAGUGCUGUUUAGUCAUGGAACAUUAUUUUAUGGUGAUGUCACACAGUUGAUCAGUCUUCAUUCUUCACAUUUCAGUUAUUCCUCACUCAAAUGAUACUGCUGAAUGCAAUUCAUAAUAUUAAAACUGGUUAAAUGUACUGUCAUAGUCUGUGGAAUUAAUUACAAUUGGAAUAAUUGUUAAAAAAAAAAAAGAAAAGGUAAUCAUAUACUGAAUACAUUGUAAUGAAGGUGUCAGUGCAUGCUGUAAGAAAGC